AGCCCUUUUUCACCUAUUCUGCAACCGUGAUCCGUCGCGCUUACCGAAACUGCACGAUAUAGUUUCCACCGCUCGCCGUCCUAGAAUUACCGCCGGCGACUCUUUCACCUUUUGGGGAACAAAAUACUCCUAUGGAGUUCGAAGGAUUUCCUCCUCAAAUCGCCGACCAGCUCCACUACUUACUCAAUCACUCUCCUGAUUCCAUCAAGAUCGAAAGUGUCUGCUCCGGUAACAAAUUUAAUCCGAAGAUCCUCGAUAGGUUUACUUUGGUGAUACCUUACUGUCUGGAAACGAUCAAAUGGGAUGUUAUAUACAAUUCAGAAUAUGCAGCUACUCCUCCGGAUUUCAUAUUUGGGCCAGAUGAUGAAGGUUUUAUGCCAUGUAGCAGCACUAUUGCACCUGAUGAUGGUCAGACAUCAUUACUAGAGAAGGCUUUGUCUGAGUGGAACAACGAGGACUCGACGAGGUUACUUGUUCUCAUCCAAGGGUUGAGGGAUCGAUAUGUGGCCUACCAAAGAAGCCGUGUGGGUCAAGUUGAUGAUGAUCGCGUGAAGUUUGAGAUUAGCACCGUUUUAACUCGCAAGGGUAUUGAAAUGCAAAUGACGUCAGGAGUUGACAAGCCAGAGGAGGUCAAGUUUGCAGUACCUCUUGUGAUGGAUAUGAGCAUUAACAAACUUGUGGUUGGGUGCCCUUGGAAGCAUGAGCAGAAGAUUUAUCUUCAGGUAGUAUACCCGAUUCUUCGAAAAAUUGAAUCAGCACCUUCGGCACCUCGUCUGAGAUUAGUAUCAUCUUCUGAUUUAAGAUCGCUAUUUUCUGUUGAGGAUGUUAAACUUCCUCCAUGGAUUGACGGGAUGUGCUUGGCUGAAUAUCUUCCCCAUCUCGAAGAAACCCUUGAGAGACAAAUCCUGGAAGCUGUUUCUGAAAUUUUCUUAAGGAGGAGUUUUGUUGAGGCAUUGACUCCUUUUCUUGGAAGACCUCUUGAAGCUGAUCCUACAUUUUGCACUAAGGCUUCGUUCCUUGCUGCCUCGGGACCAUUUACUUUCGUGGUUCACUUCUUCUUUUCAAACCAAUUUCCAAAGCAACAACCAACUCUAAUGCUCCAGAGUUGUCAGCAUCUAAACCAAUUUAGUGUGCCGGUAAAAUCAAGUCUUCUUACCGAGUACCCUUGGAGUCCAAGAUGGGAAGUGGGGCGCAUGGCUGAGCGACUUUGUGACUUCCUGACCGACGAGGCUAUGAACUUCAAAAAAUAUUGUAACGAAGCUAUGCUCUGAAUGUCUAUUGAUAAAGUGCGACUAACUCCUACUGAUAUGUUAACUCAAAUGGAGUACUUUUCUGCUUGACUUCAAGGAUUGAAAGCGUUUCUUCUCAAUUUCAACAAGUUGUUGCUUGACUUUAGCAUUCAUUAGCUCUGCUUUCUUUUGUGAGUCAUAAGAGUUUCGAAUUUUACAGGCGUCAGUUGCAUAUUUAGAUAGUGAGUGAAGAGAAUGAAGAAGGGGUUAGGGUUUGGAUGAGUUUGAAGUAAUGAAGUUCUCUAGAAUUAAAGUCAUUGGUUUACUGUUGCUUUUGUGUAUGUAUUCAUCGAUUACUGACAAUAAUGAAGACAACUCCAAAGAGCUCUUAGCCUUAGGUGGAAUAGACUAUUUAGAUGAUUUAACGUUUUGUAGUCAAUGAGGGUAACAAAACUAGAUUCUU